AGCAACAACGUAGUUCAGUUUAUGAAGUCGAUUUUACUGAGAAAUCGUCUUUGACAAAUACCCUGAAAAGAAGGAUUGAAAAAGGAGAGAUAAACAACAUAAAGCCAAACACUAUAAGACAAAUACAGAAAUAUGGCGGACGUAAUCGGUUCGGACAACAAAGAGCUGUCUUUAUAUUUAAUACAGAUUCAAUAUCUGGAUGAGCAGUUGGAAAGAUGUCAGCUUAAAUGUGAUGAGCUGCAGAAACAGAACAAGGACCUCCUCUCUCAGUACAGAGUGCUUGAGAAGGACAAGAAAGACACCACUGAGCACCUAAAGCGCUCCCUGGUUGCAAAAGAGAAAAAGGUGGACGAGUUGACUGAGCGGCUGGAGAGUCAGCUGCAGGCUGUCGAACAGCACCGAAAAGCCCUGAAUCUGCAGCACAGCCAGCAGAUACAGCAGCUACAGGACCAGUUCAACAAACUUAACUCAGAGAGCGAGAUGCAAGUGGCAAAGUUUAAGGAGCUGCAGGGGCAGAAGGAGCAGCUGAUGCAGCGGAUGCAGCAACUGUCUGACAUGGAGUCUCUGAAGAAGCAGCUUGUCAUUCAGAAGGAGGAGCAUGAAGCUGCCAUCCACAGCCUGAAGAAGGAAGCAGAGUUGGAGAUGAAAAGGGUGAUCGAGAAGAAGCAGAAUGCUGUGGACGAUUGCAUUAGGAUGAUGACCUCGAACAUUCUUCAGAAGGAGAGGGCUCAGCACAGCGAGCAGUCGGAGCAGCUUAGCUUCUUGCUGAGUGAGAAUGUGGCCCUGCAGAAGGAUAAGGACGCCCUGCAAGCGAGAGAGAGUGACAUUUUUGCUGAGAUGGAUAACCUGAAGAAAGAUCUCAACGGGAUCACCAAGGAGAGUUUCACCCGCAAGAAGGAGGUGGAGCAGCUGACGAAGAAGUGCCGGCAGCUGGAUGUGAAGCUAAAGGACUCUAGCAUCAACCACCAGCACAUGAUGGCUGAGGAAGAGACUCUAAGACAGCGCCUGGCCUCUGUGUCCGAGGAAUGCCGUCAAAAAACAGCCGAAGUAGGUCCACUUAGGGCUGAGCUACAGAGGGAGAGGAGCAGGAGGAGGCAGCUAGAUAGCGUCAUGCAGGAAGCAGCCAUCAUUCUCAGAAACAUCCUGGAGGUAAGAAAACAACUGCACCAGGAGCAUCGGUAG